CGCGACGUCAUGAUUUGAUUUUUGGGAGAUCAUAGAUCAUUCAUUUCGUACGGUACGUAUGGUUCGUAUGCAUCAUAUUGUACGAACUACGAGUUAUGUACGACUACUCGUACCUCCACGAAGGGAUGAGAUUAAAACAACAAAUGCAUCACGAUGAGUCCAAAAUCCUUUUUUAAUUCUAAAAUAGAAAACCGAUACCACACUUUAGCCGGCGCAAUACUUUGCUGUGAUGAGCAGCUACCGAAUUAUCAACAGAAACACAACCCAGGGCAAUGGUGGUAUUAUCGACGAAGAGGAUCGCCCCUUUUUUCUCCGAAAGAUCUGGUGCCACGGCCAAUCGGCUCUGCCCCCCCUCGUUGCGGCGUGUUUCGCUGUCUCUGUCUUUAGAGAUAGGGAUUCCUCCGGCUACCUUGCAUCGCCUUUCGGCCUAGUGCGGUUCCUUCUUGGGAUCGUGCUGCCGGUGGUCCUCCUGUGUGCCUGGCCCUUCGCAUCAUGGAAGGCCAUCGCGGAGGGUUCGAACGCUGCGAUCGUCGCCGGGGAACGAAGAAGGCAUUAUCGGCUCCUGCGGAGAGGCGGAAUCCUAGUCCUGGCCGCCUAUGCGUGGAUCCUCGCGGUUGUUGCGCGAAGCGAGGGACCAUCGGGCGGUGGGGGCCUCCGCAGUGGUCUCGGCCUGCUGCUCGCGGUGUUUUCCGCCCUGGCGAUCGUCGAGACGCUGGCUUUUCUGGCGGUGGUGACGUGCCUGCGGAGCGUGUUUGCCUCGUUGUGAAGGUGUCCGUCUAGGCACACGGUGAUUUUUGGGCACGAUGGCGAUGGGUGAUGCUACCAAAAAAGUUAAACAAAACCAUCCAACGGCGAGAACGGAGACUAAGAUGCUUUGGAUUUUCCGGGGAUGGGGUAUGCAUCAUGAUUCUUUUAAAUGCUAAGGCAAUGCCAAUAGCGCUGGUAGAGAGUGACCCGAAAACGCGGUGUCCCGGUUUUUGAAUCGAAUCCACGCAGAUGAAUCAUGUCGGUGAUUGAAUGCUGUAUUCUUUCUUUUUUCCUGUCAGUUGUCAGACCGACGAAACCAGAGGAAUUGAAUCUGCGUGGUUCUACUCCUCGUACCGAUAAAGAUGAUACUAAAUGUAUUAUAAACAACUCCAAUGCUCUUCAUUCUCUGAUGCGUCGCUGUCUUUGGGUUAAUUAGACCCGGAAACAGUCACGAUAAAGAAAGGAUCGCGUGGCACCAAGGCGGCAAUCCACGGACCCAAACCACCAAAAAAAUACCACUAGCGACCCAGCGACAGCCUCCGGCUCGCACGGGGUGCUGGCGGCAGAAGUUCCACCGCCCCGAACGAGUCUACUCCUCGUACCGAUAAAGAUGAUACUAAAUGUAUUAUAAACAA